GCGUCCAUGCUAUGCCCCUACAAUCCAACCCCUCGUACGAAGGAACUAACCCCCCACGUUUCUUCUUCCGAAUUCCACAUUCCAAUUCUGCGUGUCUGGUUCGGGCGAUGAGCUUCUAGAAUCUCCGCCAUGGCCAAACCCAAAGCUCCGAGACGAACGCUGGACUCCUACACCGUCAAACCCAUCAACAAAACCAUCAGAGCCGGUGACUGCGUCCUGAUGCGGCCGUCGGAGCCGGGGAAGCCGUCGUACGUGGCGAAGAUCGAGCGCAUCGAGGCCGACAGCCGCGGCUCCAACGUCAAGGUCCACGUCCAGUGGUACUAUCGGCCGGAGGAGUCGCUUGGCGGCCGGAGGCAGUUUCACGGCUCCAAAGAGGUCUUUCUCUCCGAUCACCACGAUGUUCAGAGCGCCGACACCAUCGAGGCCAAGUGUACGGUCCACACCUUCAAGAGCUACACCAAGCUUGACGCUGUUGGAAACGACGAUUUCUUCUGUCGUUUUGAGUAUAAUUCCUCCACUGGGGCUUUCAAUCCCGACCGUGUUGCCGUGUAUUGCAAAUGUGAGAUGCCUUACAACCCGGAUGACCUCAUGGUUCAGUGUGAAGGUUGUAGUGAUUGGUUUCAUCCUGCUUGUAUAGACAUGAAUAUACAGGAAGCCAAAAGACUAGAUCACUUUUUCUGUGAAGGCUGCUCUUCCGAGGGUCAAAAGAAAUUGCAGAAUUCCCAUACUGCUUCCAGACACCCUGAUACAAAGGUGGAUACAAAACGGCGUCGGAGGUGAUAUUGUAUAUACAAGUCAAUCUGAUAAACUAGAGGUUGUGGCCUUCUGAUCAUUGGUAGGGCUUAAGCAAGCACGGAGACGGGAGACAUGUCUUGCAUCACAAAUUGUGUAUCUAUGAGUUAAUUGGAAGACGAAAACUAGCUUGAAAACCUUUAUAUGUAAUUAAGUAGAUCCUCUAUCUAUUUAAGGUCGAGGACGUGUAUGUAUGUAUGUAUGUAGUUAUGGAAUGUAGAAAUGUGAAUAUUCCGAACGCA